AUGCUUGGGGUAAUUGUAAGAAACGCCCUCCAGAGAAGCAAAUACCACAUUACUGCCCGUUUGAGGCGCCCCCACAUAAGGGUCCCACAAUUUAGCAGCCAAAAUAACGCCCCCUUGACCAUUGAAAAGGACCACUUUUACAUUAACCCAUUAAGGAAAUUAACCUGUAUAGGAUGUGGGGAGUUCCUCCAAACCACAGAUGAAAGAAAAUCAGGGUUCGUACCCUUUAGUGUGUACGAAAAGUAUAGCAAUGGGCGAAUAAAGUUCUACACCAAAGUGAAGGGGGAGGAAGUGAGUUCAGUUCCUGAUGGGGUAAAGGUCGAUGUAAAUAAUUUUCCAAGUUUUCGAGUCAAGACGAAAAUUAUUCUUUGCAAAAGGUGCUACAGGCUACAACAUUAUAAAUGUACCAACGCACAAUGUGAGGUGGACACUAAGAGGAUUGAGAAUAUUAUCAAGUGCAGGACGCAGCUGCAGGAGGAGAUGAAGCGUCGGCGUAAAGGGGGGGCCACCCCAAUAGGGACGUCAUCCUGCGUACAAACUGAACCGGAUCAACAUGCAUCCAUGGGCAGUACCCCUGCAUGUCCUACCAACCCCACAGUGGAACAUUCUAACGAAAGGGAAAUGGCCCCUGUUUGUGAAGGCGCUUCUCUAAAUAGAGACCUUCACGAGGGUGUACCCUACGGAGGUGAUUCCCCGCACCAUAUGAACAACCCAAACGAAACCACGAGUGAUAAAAAUGAAAUGAACAAAUUGUUGGAACAGGUUGUGCGUGGAAGGAAGCAUCAACGAGGGGGGUUGGCACAUAGGCAGGGAGCGCAAAAAGGGGGAAGCAGAGGGGAGGGGAAUGGCCCAAAUGAUCGCUUCUGCACGCAAGUUGAUGAAGGAAGGAAAACGCAGAGCAGCAUAACGGAUGAAGCGGGGAGAGAAGUUCGAACUGAAGUGGACGAUGGAGGAGUGGCGUCGACGAAUGAAAAGUGCUACUACGACCCAUCGUACAGUAUCGACCAGAGGAGCGUAAACAUUUAUGAAAAAAAAGAUAUCCUAAAAAAAAGAAACGACAUGAAAAAGUUGGAUGUGGAAAAAAUGGAGGUAAGCACAGCCAAGUAUAUUCAAGGAGACAGAAAUGAAGUUAUGAAUAACUUGAUAAAAAAAAUGAAAAGGAAAUCUCUCGUUCUAUACCUAAUCGAUAUAACAAAUAUUGAAAAUACCAUCCUGCCAGAGCUAUACAUAGCUUGUAAAAAUAAAGACAUAAACAUCAUAUGGCUAGUUAAUAAAGUGGACUGUCUACCCAAGUCUACAAAUUUGGAAAUAGUAAAAAUAUGGUUUCGAAAUUUAGUAAGGCAAAUAAAAAAUGCACAUAUAAAUGAUUUAAUAUUUAUUUCAGCUUUAAAUUUUUACAAUCUUAACAUGUUAGAAGAAAGAAUGAAAUAUUAUGUGGAUUUAGAAAAAGGAACAGACAUUUAUAUAGUCGGUUGUGUAAAUGUAGGCAAGUCAUCAUUUGUGAAUUCUUUCUUAAAAUAUAUAAAUUAUAAACAUUUGGGCGAUAUAUAUAGUAAGAGAAAAAAAGGAGGAGUAACGACAUCGAAUAUUCCUUACACUACUUUAAAUUAUAACACUUUUCAAUUAAAAAAAAAUAUUAAAAUAAUUGACACUAUUGGGAUCCCUACGAAAUAUCAGUACUCUUCCAUUCUGUACAAAGAUAUCGACUUAAACAGUAUUUGUAUAAACAAAAAAAUUCAAGCCUUCACAUAUAAGUUGAAAGAAAAUUCCUCUAUCAUAUUAGGCAGUUUAUGUUAUAUCAAUUUACUAUAUGGUUCAUUCGCUUUAGUGACUUUUUACAUUUCCAAUAAGGUUACUAUUCACAUGUGCAGGAGUGAAAAAGUGGAAGAUUUGUUGGAGAAGAAAAAAUGUUCCUUCCUUUACCCUCCUCAUGUUAAAUCAGAUUUUGAUCUCCUCAAACCUUUCGUUAAACAUACAGUUAAGGUGUUUGGUAAAGACUUGGAAAGCGUGGACGAUAUUGUCAUAUCGGACUUGUGCUGGUUCUCUGUUAGUGGAAGAGGGGUUAAGGUGUUCGAAAUAUAUGCACCCAAAAAUGUGAAAAUAUAUCGCAGACCCUCCAUGAUUACAGAUGCCGUGAAGCACACACAGGUGGAUGUGUUCAAAUAUAAGUCGUAUCGAGGGAGGACCGCCAAGGUGCUGCGGAAGAAGAAGAAACUGAUUGAGGAGCUAGAUAGGCAAAACCCUGGCCGCCGCGAACAAAUGAAGAGCAUCACCCUGCAGGGGGAGCUCGCACAGAUGCGCAACUUGGGCACCUUCCACGAUGUGUCGGUCGAUGCGUCAAGCGAUAUGCCCAGCGAUCUGUCAAGCAGUGCGGUCGCAUCCCCGUCGGGCACAACACCAAUCGCUCCGCUCAUUGCAGACAAGAGCGACAUAGAAAGCAUCACCCAUUAUUUGUAA